GGUCCAGAGCAUCCCAGCCCAGGGCUGCCGUACACUGCAAGAGGAUUCCCACGAUAUUGUUACCUACCCGAUAGCGAGAAGGGACGAAAGGUGCUGGAACUUUUAAAGGUGGCAUGGAGAAGGCGCUUGAUCUUCACCGUAGGAACAUCCAGCACAACUGGCGAGAACAACACUGUGGUGUGGAAUGAGAUCCACCACAAGACAGAGAUGACCUCCAAUGUCUCAGGCCACGGCUACCCAGACCCUAACUACCUUGACAAUGUCCUAGCGGAGCUGGCAGCUCAAGGGGUCACAGAAGAUUGCCUGAGUCCAUGAGUUUAGCCUCCAUCUUGGGCUGGAGUUGCAGCCAAAAGUGGAGUUCGUCUUCUCCAUGACUAUGGGUGCCUCUCCGUGGAGGAUGGCAGCUACAAAUCCCCACCUCUGUUGCCUUAUAUUUGCUUGCCCUUUUGCUGAGCAAUAACACAGUCUCUGGGAAUGCACAGCAUGACUGUGAGGAAGAGGGUUUAUAUAAAUAUAUAUAUAUAUAUAAAAAGAUAUUUUAAGAGCCUUUACAGUCCUGACACAGAUUGGUCAUAUACAAUAACUCUCCCUUCCCCUAGAUAAAACACAGAAAAGGAUGGUGGCUUAAUCCUCAUAUUGUGUCCUUCCAUAUGUGGUUGCAUGGGGGUGUUGAAGAUACGGCAAAUGGCUGGAAUAGAAGGAACACAGUCUACUAUUUGUUCAUUCUUACUUUCUAUCAAGAAUCGGAUGCUGCUUUGAGGCAGAUCUUUUGGAACCAAGGGAUGAGAUUUCCCUGCUUCGGUGCAUUAACAAAAUCAUGUUGUUUAGCAACACAAUCAUAUUAGAAUCUGAAUUAUAUAUAUAUAAUUCAAUAGCAAAGCUGGGAAUUGAAGUCCACAAGUCUUAAAAGUUGCCAAGGUUGGAAACCCCUGUUCUAGCUGGUACCUACAAUUCCCCAAAUAACAUUUAAAAAAAUGUAAAUGCAGCCAUGUGAUCCUUCCGUGCUCCCAUGCAAACCAUUGGGCGUUCUCGCCUGAAAUUUUGUGACACUUCAUAAACGUUUAAAUUGAUGAUUUUUCUUUUUGCUGUUCUUUGGCUCUGAUACCAUGUAGAACCACACAGCAAUGACCCAAACGUGAGAACAUUGCUAACUUGCGAGGCAUUGCCCAGAAUUCCAGAAUUUUCCAAUAUCGUAUAAUUUUUUGUUACAUCCAUAUACCUUUCAGUAUUCCCAUUUGACAGAUCUUUUGAGUGCACAGAGUCAAGAUCACACUUGGGUAUGUACUUAAAUUUAGGGCUGCAGGGCUGCAGCUUUUAAGACUAAAAGCCUGAAAUGUUUCUGCUUUAUGUAAUUGGAGAACUAAUCUUUUUUUUUAUUGUAUCAGCAAAAACUGGACUCUGUAAAUUGCAUAAAUUCUUCAUAUUGGAUAACUUUAUUUUGCAUAAUCCACUGCUGCUUAUUUUGUUCAACAUGGACGGAAGUAAAGAUUGAGGCAGAGUCCUGAAAUACAUUUUUUACAGUUUCGUUUGGGA